UACGUGCCCGUAUAUAUUUUUUUCACUCAAUGAUCUCUUGACACGUGUAAGUGAAAAAUCUUCUCUCUCCUUCGCUUCUGCUCUCUUCCUCCUCCAUCCAUGGCCGCCGACCUCCGGUCCUCCUCGGCCGUCGCCACCAGCGGAGUCACCGGCGCCGUGAACAGGCCGACCGCCACCGCGUUCAAGCCGAGCCUGUUUUCUCCGUCUCGUCGUUCUCCAGAUUUCGAAUCUGGCCCGUCCAUGGCUGGAAUCGUCGGCGCUGGUUCAUCCAUGGUCGAACGCGUUCAGGCGUCGAUGGCCGUCGGGAUGUGUGAGCUCCGUCCAUGGCCCGACGGCCAUCGACGCCUACUUCCUCUGCUUUUCUUCUUGAUAUGUGAGCUCCGUCCAUGGCCGUUGGGAUCUCGACCUUGCCCAUCACGGCCAUGGACGAGCAGUCAUGGCCAAAUCUGAAGGCGGCUUCAGAUCUGGGAGCCAUGCCGUCAGUGCCACAUCCACUGUUGAAGAAAGCACGACUUCAGUUCAAAUCUGAAGCAGAGGGAGCGGAAGCCAUGCUUUCUUCUCAAGCAUCCCGCUGACGACCGAGCGCAGUUCAUGGCUGUCUGGACCUCGAGCUCGCUGUCAAGCUCACGGCCAUGGACAAAGCCUCGUGAGCCAUGGACGAGCUAGGCUUGCAGAUCUGGAGGCACGACUCCAGUUCAGAUCUGAACAGGCCAGGACUGAGCCGAUCGCGAGCAUGACGAAGGGGUAGUUUGGGUCAAUUGCACGUGACGCCGGAAGCGGUGGGGACGCUGGCCGAACGGGGCGGUGCUCUGUGACGGAGGAGGAAGCGCCGGCGGCCAUGGAGGAUGACCAGAUCGGCAGAGAAAGGAGGAAGAAGAGAAAAAUCAAUUUUUAUAUUUUUAUUCCACCUCAGCUGACACUUUUCGAUUUAUUAGUGGGCUAUUGGGCAUAAGGUAAAAACGCACGCCACAUCAGCAAUUGACGUGGCGGUUGGCAACCCUGAAUAGUUUCUCAUCGAAGGCGAACUGGCAGAACCGAACCCUUCACCCGCCACUCUCUAAACAGAAGCAGAGCGGCGGAACUGCGAAGACGGCGCAGCAGCUCGCGGUGUCCAACCCUAAACUCUCGCCGCCGCCGCCGUCGCCCUCUUCCGGUCAAAACCGUAGCUUGAAAAUACAUCGCUCCGACGGCCAUGGCGGGGGGCAAGCUGAGGAAGGACAAGCCCAGGGCCAGCGCCAAGGCGGCCUCGGCGGCGCCGUACCAGGGGGGCAUCUCCUUCCACAAGUCGAAGGGCCAGCAUAUCCUGAAGAACCCGCUCCUGGUCGACUCCAUCGUCCAGAAGUCCGGCAUCAAGACCACCGACGUCGUCCUCGAGAUCGGCCCCGGUACCGGUAACCUCACCAAGAAGCUCCUCGACGCCGGCAAGUCCGUCGUCGCCGUCGAGCUCGACCCCCGCAUGGUCCUCGAGCUCCAGCGCCGGUUCCAGGGCACGCCGUACUCGCACCGCUUGAAGGUUAUCCAGGGCGAUGUGUUGAAGACCGAGCUACCCUACUUUGACAUAUGCGUGGCCAACAUUCCUUACCAGAUCUCCUCUCCCCUCACGUUUAAGUUAUUGAACCACCAACCGCCCUUCAGGUGUGCGGUGAUAAUGUUUCAGAGGGAAUUUGCAAUGAGACUGGUGGCUCAACCUGGUGAUAAUCUCUAUUGUCGUCUCUCUACAAACACCCAACUGCGUGCUCGAGUCUCUCAUCUCCUAAAAGUCGGAAAGAAUAACUUCCGACCACCCCCAAAGGUGGACUCGUCUGUCGUUAGGAUUGAGCCACGGAAACCAGCUCCCGACGCAAAUCUUGUUAGAGAGUUUGAUGGGUUGAUGCGUAUAUGUUUCAAUCGGAAGAACAAAACACUUGGUUCCAUUUUCCGGCAGAAAACAAUCCUUUCUGUGAUGGAGAAGAAUUAUAAGACUCUCCAGGCAUUACAUCAAUCACAGAUUAAUUUAUCAGGGGAUUCAAACGUUGGAACGGACAGUUUGGAUUUUGGAGAUAAUGGGGAUGACUUGGGGAUGGAGAUCGAUGACGGUGGAGACGAAAUGGAGUUGGAGGAUGGCGACGCAGGGGAAGUUUCGGAAUUUAAGGAGAAAGUUUUGAAUGUGUUGAAGGAGGGUGAUUUUGAAGAGAAGAGAUCAUCCAAGCUUACGCAGCAGGAAUUCUUGUACCUGCUCUCCUUGUUUAACAAGGCUGGUAUACAUUUCUCUUGAUGAGAGUAGCAAUUUUGAGGUGUGCAGUUUUGGUGAUGGUGAGUUUCAUAGCUUUAAUAUGUAAGAGUGAGGAAGAAGUCCAUGUUGACUCAUUUAAUCAGUUAAUUUUCUACAUGAUGCAAUUUUACUGUACGAAUCUUAACUCAGCAGCUCCUGCUAAUACUUAUCACACCAGCUGUGAUUACACUACCUAUCUCUCUACCUCUUUCCUACC